AUGGCAGCUGGCAUCACUCCACCAGGGAGUGUCCUUGAACCUCCCCUUACACCGCCACCUACGGCAGAGAAGCCCUUGUCGAGAAGCGCCCAAAGCGUGGUGAACUGUUUGCGACUCCAUCGUGCAAACCACCGGCCAAGAUCUUGGUGGGAAGGUCGACUAAGACCUGACGACUAUACACAAGUAUUACGUGCGCUGGAUGCUGACAAAUCUCUUCGAGACUACGUGGAAGAUAAAGUACGAUACGACUACGAUCCCUGUCGCCACUGCCUGACAAUCCGAAUGCCAAGUCCUCUCCAUGACACGUUUUGUGCAAGGAUAGUCGACGAAAUAUCAAGACAGCUGAGGCAAUACCAACAGAACAACGAACCACUCGCCGAUUUCGCCAAGGAAGUCGAACACUUUGCCACAUCUCGAAUCUUGAUACCUGAAGUUACACCUGAUGGUGCAGAGACUUAUUCCAGACGGGAACCGGAUGCCUCAUUUGGGCAUCGCCAAGCACACUAUCCCGGUGUAAUUGUGGAGGUGUGCUAUUCACAGAAAAGCCGACGUGUUUCCCACCUGGCGGAUGAGUACAUCUUGAACACUGAUGGGAGCGUGAAUGCGGUGCUUGCCUUCGACAUUGAUUACAAAGGGUCCAAGAGAGCGACCGUUACCAUGUGGCGACCGGAAUAUGUAACGGUAAAUGGUGUAGAGGAGUUUCGUGCGGCCACCGUGAUAGAAGCACAGCCAUUCCGGACGGACUCUGGGUUGCCAACUGAGGGAAUAGCGCUACGACUAUCGCUAAGGGACUUCGCGACGGAGGAGCUUGCUCGAGACCAUGUGGGUCUCGAACGCGAAAUCGUCAUUACAUCGAAGCAGCUUUGGGAUUUCCUUUCGAGCGCUGAAGCAAGGCAACAGAUACAGACACAACAUAAAGGCUCAAUUAAUCGAAUACGACCGGGUGCUUUAAAGCGCCGACGACCUCAAACACCCCCUGAACAGCUAAGCUCGGAAGACGAAGGGUCUGUCACGAGAGGAAGAGAAAUUAAACGGGGACGUCAAAGUAGCGACUAUCGCCCGAGCUCUUCGCCCGGAGACUCCACGAGUGAGCUGCACUGA